CAGCAGGAUGAAGGUCUCUGCAGAGGAUACAAAAUCCGAAUGUCUCACCGAGUUUUAAAAGUCGCAAUUUUAAUCAUUGGUAUUGCCAUCUAUGCAUUUCUUUGGAACACGAUGACCCGUUUUGAUGGAUACGACGAGCUACACCGUUCAAAUCCAUCAACACUUGAUGCCAGAAUUUACGACAACGUCAGGAUUUUUUUGUUGUUCAUUGGCUACGACAGAAGCAGGCACACCUUACUUGCUGCUUUGUUAGAUGCUCAUCCACAUGUCGUUGUUGCGAACGACUUUAACAUCUUAAAGCAGUGGAUUACCAUGCCUGAAAUAUUUGACAGGAAAAAGCAUUUUAUCUAUGAGCUGAUUUACGCCAAAUCACGUUAUGAUGUGAUGUACGGCGUUCGCUCUCGGUUGGUAAACGGGGGCCCAGUACAGUAUCAUUACAACGUGGAGGGUCAGUGGCAAGGACAGAUCGGUGAGGGUGUACAGGUGAUUGGAGAUAAGAAAGCAGCUCAGGCUUCGACAAUUUUACUCCAAAGUGAAGGAAGAGAGCAUCUCCGAGAUUUAGAGCGUAAACUUGGCACAGAGCUUAAAUUCAUUCAUGUUGUGCGUAAUCCUUUCGAUAAUAUUGCAACUUUAGCGCUUCGCAAGGCGAAAGUCAAGAAAAACAAAAUCCAAGACAACCUUGAGUGCGAUUGUCACAAGGAGCUUGAUGAUUCCAUAGCGGAAUACAGUACCCAGGUGGAGGGAACUUCGCAAGUCAAGAAGAAUUUUCCAGGUCGUGUACUCGACGUGCACAGUAUGGAUUUGAUGAAAAACCCGCGUGAAACCCUCAUGAAAAUUUGUGACUUCUUGGAAAUCACGUGCACCAAGAAAUACUUAGAGGACUGCUCUUCAAUUGUAAACCCUGUUCCCUCUCACACUCGUCAGUUCGUUAAGUGGAAUGAAAUACAAUUAAACAGAGUUCAGAUGUUGAUUGAAAAUCAUUCAUUCCUUCAAUCAUAUUCAUUUGAAAAUUAA